UAAAAUGAUUUUGUGUGUAGGAACAACUGGUUCAGGUAAAACCCUACUACUUCGGGCACUGGCGGAGAAUGCUAAUCCAGGAAGUGUGAACAAGCAUACAACAGCAGUAUCUACUACAGGGGCUAAUAUAACCAACAUCACCAGGAUUAACCCUAAGAAACCUGAGCUAGCUGAUAGCGUACGUGUUCGCGAGAUUGGAGGCACAAUGUCUCCAUUAUGGGGAAACUUUGUAGAAGCUGGUAGAACACAGGUUAUAUAUGUGGUUGAUGUUAGUGCACCAGAGAAGAUUGGUCCUGCUACUAUUGAUCUGAUAGAACUCCUAAACCAACCUGCUUUACAGGGUGCACCGUUUCUCAUCGUUUUUUCUAAAACUGAUAUCAAGUCUUCAAGAACCUUAAAUGAAUUGAAACAAUUGAUGAGGUUGGAUGAAAUCAAAGAGCAUUCAACUCAGGAGCUUCACAGUUUGGAUUUCAACACGGAGGAAACAUCAAAAAUUGAACCAAUCCUCAACUGGUGUCUCAAGUUUAAAAAUAUCAACUAUGAAAUGAUGAACGGAACUACAUAUUGAAGAUCUUAUUCUUAUUAAUAUACAGUAUUUUUAUUGUGUUGUAA